CCAGAUAAUGUCAGACCUCCCUAAAAUCAGCCUGCCCGAGUUCGAGUCGACGAGUUUGGAUUUGAUCCCUGCUCUCGUUGAGGAGCUCCGCGCAUCUUUCAACGCAAACCGCACCAAAUCUGUCGAGUUCCGUAAGACACAGUUGAAGCAGCUUUUCUACCUUGUCCACGACCACGCCGAUCGUUUCCGUGAGGCGCUCGCACAGGAUCUUCACAAGCCCGCCGUCGAGGCAUGGGCUUUCGAGAUCUCCCCCGCCAAGGACGAGAUCCAGCGCGCCAUUGACUCCUUGGAUGAGUGGGUCAAGCCCGAGAAGCCCGCUGGCAUUCCCUUCUUCCCGUUCUCUAUUGCGAAUAAGCCUGUGAUUAGGAAGGAGCCGAAGGGUGUUGCGUGCGUUAUCGGUACGUGGAAUUACCCGUUGAUUCUCUGCUUGAAGCCCCUCGUUGGUGCCAUUGCUGCUGGAUGUACCGCUAUUAUCAAGCCUUCUGAGCACGCUCCCAAGGUCGGGGCUUUGUUGCACGAGUUGUUCCCGCAGUAUAUGGACCCCAUGUGCUACCGCGUCGUCUUGGGCCACAAGGAGGAGGCGGAGCGUUUGUUGCAGUGUGAGUUUGAUCAUAUUUUCUAUACUGGUUCUGCUGGUGUUGGAAAGUUGAUCAUGAAGGCCGCUGCGGAGCAUUUGACCCCGGUCACACUCGAGUUGGGUGGGAAGUCUCCUGCCAUCGUUACCCGUCAUGCCGAUGUUGCUUUGGCUGCCAAGAGGAUCGCGUGGGCCAAGUUUGCGAAUGCCGGACAGACUUGUGUUGCGCCUGACUAUGUCUUGGUUGCCAAGAGCAUUCAGAAUGAGUUCGUUGCUGCGUUGGAGAAGGUCAUUAAUGAGUUCUACGAGGGUAAGCCGCAGGAGUCGAAGGAGUAUGGUAGGAUUGUGAAUGAGGCUCAGUGGACUCGUGUUGCAGAAAUCUUGGACAAGACUGAGGGCCACGUUGUCAUUGGUGGCAACAAGGACAUCUCUGAUCUUUACAUUGAGCCUACUGUCGUCACUGAUGUCGCCGCUACCGACUCCUUGAUGGAGAGCGAGAUCUUCGGUCCCAUUUUGCCAAUCAUCACCGUCGAGGACUCUGCCGAGGCCGUCAAGUUCGUUCGUGAGAACGCUAACCACCCUCUCGCUCUCUACGCCUUCACCGGCGAGAACAAGACCGAGGCCGAGUACAUCUUGGACAAUACCCUCUCCGGCACCGCCGCGAUCAACGAGUGUAUGUGGCAACUCGCCGUACCCCAACUCCCCUUCGGCGGAGUCCGCACCUCCGGUCACGGAACUUACGUCGGUAAGGCUUCUUUCGACACCUUCUCCCACCACCGCUCCGUCGUCGAGCAGCCCAAAUGGAUGGAAUACCUCGUUGGGCUCCGAUACCCCGGUCUCCCCGGCGGUGGAUACGACCAUGUCACCAAGUUGGAGAAAUACCUCAAGAGUGGACAGGAUCCUCAGCCUAAAUUCCAGAGGCCUGGAGAGGAGAGUGUUUUGGUGUCGCUGAUGGCGUUUCUGGGGGCGAGUGUCGUGCCCGGGAUCGUUGCCGGUACUGUGUGGUUGGCGCAUAGGAGGGGGUUGACGAAUGUUAUCUUGGGGCAGGUUAGGGCUAUUAACGACAACUUUAAUGCUUAGAUGGAAGGUGCUGUGUAGGAUAGGGAUGUCCGGCCGCGCAGCGGGGAAG